GUAGACUUGAGUGAGAGGCCAUUGUUAAGGCGCUUGGGCCUUUGCAGAAAUAAAUAAUAAAACUUGUAAUAACAGAGUCUGUCACUUUUAGGCUGCAAUUUAAAUUGCCUGAAGUGUCCUAGUCUGCUGCUGCUCCGUUAAUAUGAGACUCCGGUCGAGGAUUAUUUCCCUGGAGAGCCCGUCUCCUGAGCCCAGCAGCACUCCGCGGAGACGGCGGCCCGAUGUGACUCGCACGCCGCGGAUCGGACAGAGCCAGCUUCAGGCUCAGACUCCGACUCAGGAAGCCCAGAUUUUAAAGGAUUGUUCCAAUUUGUACUGCGAGACGAUCCCAACUGCAAUGAAGCGCCAGCGCUUAAGACAUGGAAGGAAAAGGGUUCUACCACUGCAGGAGUGUAAAGAAUCUGACUUCAAGACCCCAGUGCGGCAUCUCCGGGAAAGGCAUUACCCAUCAGUCAACCCCGCCGCACGAAGCCUUUACUCUCCUGUAGUGCGCUUUGUCACCCCCACGAAAGACAACGAGAGGACUAGGAGAGGUGCAGUGUUUAGCCCUGAGCAGUGUGUGUUCGGGUACAGCGCCGUCAGCUCACUGUCAGAAGACGAGGAGAACGAUGAGGUGUUCAGCCCAUUCACAUUCAUCAAAAACAUCCCUAACCAGUCCCAACAGUCCAGAGUUGUCUCUGCUCCCCGGGACAUACCACCAAAGACGAGAAGUACACCCGCAGCCACCAUGGUGCUCGAUUUGGAUGAAACCCUUGUUUUUAGCUCGCUCAACCAAAUCGAAGAUGCAGAGUACACAUUUAACACAGUCUUUCAAGAUCAAGAGUACACGGUGUAUUUGGUUCUCAGGCCAUAUGUGAAUGAGUUUCUGCAAGCCAUGGUAAAGCAUUUUGAGAUCUUUGUUUAUACUUCUGCUAAAAAGGAAUAUGCAGAAAUGAUAGUGGACAUACUGGAUCCAAAGAAAAAGAUUUUCAGACAUCGUCUGUAUCAGGAUGACUGUUCAUGCGUACUUGGACACUAUGUUAAGGAUUUAGAGGUGCUGGAACGAGAUCUUUCAAAAACAGUCGUUCUCGACAACGCACCCCACACUUUCCCAUACCACCUGAUGAACACAGUUCCCAUCAAGAGCUGGUGUGGGGAUAAAGAGGACAAAGAGCUCCAGAGACUCGUACCUUACUUGGAGAAACUCUCUCAAGCUAAUGACUUCAGGACUGUGCUUAAGAGAAGAACAGAUCAUUUUCACAACCUGCUCACUGAAGAUUAAACGUCGCCAUUUUUAUUUUGUGUAUAUAAAUUUUUGUGUACAUAGUUAAUGUGGUAUUUUUAGAUGUAAUACAGGCUGAAUCAUUUCAAAAUGUAUUAUAAUGCUUUAAAUAAAUUCCAGCCUUAUUUGAGGUGAUAAGCCUCUUAAAUUAUUGUGAAUAUGAUUUUGCUAAUUUAUUAUUGCUGCUUUUUUAUGUGACACUUUAAAGUGGAUAGUGUAUAAUGAUUUUUUUUUUCCUCCAGUUGUACAUUGUUCUUAUACCUAGUUUUUAAAAUGCCCUUGAUUUCUCUUAUUUUCUUUAAUUUCUUCAGAAAGAAUAAACUGGUAUACCAGCCUUG